AUGACAUCUAUAAACUUCGCUGCUGCUCAGCAGCGAGUAGAGGAACGCCGCCGGCUUGGAGCAGUCGAGUCAAGAACGCGUCUCGAAUCGCAACAAAAUCUACAAGCCUUGAGCGCGUUGACCCGAUUACCUUUCCCUCUAAAUGACUUAGGGCAACGGGGCUUGGAAGCUUGGGAUGCUAUAAAUGGGAGAGAAGGAACAAGGCCGGCGUAUCGAGUGGGUCAAGUUGAUGCAGAAUUGCUUGAUGAAGAACUUCACGAGUUGCUGAAAGGUCAGGUUGGGGAAGGCCUCAAAUACUUUGGUUCUCAUAUUCGAGACGAUUGGUCCUCAGAAAUCCUGUUAGGCUUGAGAGCUGUCCUCUUCAAGCUGUCCAUCUGGGACCACAACACUUCAUACGGUGCCGCUCUACAGAAUCUCCGGUAUACAGACGCUCGACAUCAAGGACCUGUGUCUGCAGCCCCGACCAAAUGGCAAAAAGGGCUAUAUGGGAUUCUCACUGUUGGUUGUCGAUACGGCUGGACGAAAUGGGAGGAGUGGCUUGCCGACCAGGAGGGAGGCUACGAAGAGCCAAGUGCCAGUGUCCGACUGCUCUCCCGAGUGUCAUCCAUUGCCUCCAUUACUCAUUCGAUUGCAGCGUUUGCUUCAUUUCUCAUCUUCCUGGUCAACGGCCGAUACAGAACCUUACUCGACCGUAUCCUACGCCUCAGGCUUACCUCUUCGAGCAGUCAAGUCAGCCGAGAGGUCAGCUUCGAGUAUCUCAACCGCCAGCUAGUCUGGCACGCUUUCACGGAGUUUCUUCUCUUCCUCUUACCUCUGGUUGGCAUAAGUCGAUGGAAAAGAUGGAUAUCCCGAGCUUGGCGCAAGACGAAAGCCCUAGCGAUAAGUGAUAUGGGCGGCGAGGAUGAAGCGGUCUCGAACGGCGAGCUCGCCUUUCUGCCGGAACGAACGUGCGCCAUCUGCUACCAGGACCAGAAUUCUACAUCGACAUCUGAGAAUGAAAUCAUGGCAAUCUCAGGUGCUUCUGGAGGAGUCAUUGGCUCGGCUCAAAGUGAUGUAACCAAUCCAUACGAAACAAUACCAUGUAGCUGCAUUUACUGCUUCGUUUGCAUUGCUAAAAGGCUAGAGGCAGAGGAAGGGGAAGGCUGGGCCUGCCUUCGUUGUGGAGAGCUGGUUAAAGAAUGUAAACCAUGGGCGGGAGAUGUCUUGGAAGAAGCUUGCUCAACCCUGAAUAAGAAGAAUGUCAGCUUUUCGGAUGAUAAUGGAAGGCGAGAGACACAAGAACGAUCAAAUGCUCAACAUAGCGGGUGA